CUCAGAAUUGUCCUGAGAUCCUAUGAGGCAUGUGGUUUUGAUUGCCACCAGAAUUGUCGCUCUUGGAAAGGUGCUCACAUAAUGGAUACCCUGCUCUAUAUGCAAGAUGUCUGUUUGGGUGGUUACAAGUGGUUCCUGAGAGGUCGUCUAGAUUGUGUGAUUCGAAUUUAUGUCCAGAAAGUUCUAGAUGAUGCAGGCAGAAAGGCAGCCAGUAUUCUCCAGCAACAAGGAAUUCACAUUUGCCACACAGAAUUAAGGACUGUGAUGGAAACAUUGCUAGCUGCCACUGAGGCAGACAUAUUGUCCCUUGUGGAGUGUAUGUGGCCCCCGCAUGUGAGUGGUACUAUAACUCAGAUCUUUAUGGAUGUUCAGAAAGAGGUGACCCAGAUGUGUGGAGACCUGCAGAGACAGAAGAGGGGCCCAGUGAUCCUCAUUCUUGAUAAU